ACUGCGGUGCACAGAUGACUCCACCAAUUUCGGUUGUUCGAGGCGCGGCGCACAGUGCGCUUUUGCAUUCGCAUGCAUCGCCGUUCUGGUCAGUCGAUCGAAAAAUGUGUCUUCCGCUAUAUUUAAGUGCGGCUGUACGCACUGUUUUCACGAGCUCUCGCCAGUAGGAGGUAGAAAAAGGUUUCGUCCGCGGGAGCUCGCGUGAGCGCAGUUCGCACCGAUAAUCGGCGGAUCGUUCCACGAGACGGUGAUCGGCCCCGAGACCGUACGGGAACCGCAUUGUGUUAAUUCCCUGGCCGCAGAUGGUCAUCGUGGCUCGUUCGUCCGAUUUUCAUCGAUUGUAUUUAUAGUGUCCUCCGCGGUUUAUUUUCGCGUGCGGCGAAUCUUUGAGGGAAAAAUGCGCCUAUCCGCUGGCUGACAGCGUUCCUCGCAUCAUCCGUGUGAUCCUGUGUCCCCUCCGUGAUUCGUUCGUCGAUGUCGUCCUCAAUGAUAUCCGAUCGGCAAACGCGAUCUUUUCUCUUGUGGGCGAGUCGUGUUUGUCGCGUUACCACCACGGUAAAAAACGGUGAUCCGAAUGAACGCACGAUCAGACCGUCCUGAAGAAGACUGUGUCGUUGUUAUUCUUAGCGUGAGAACGUUGUAACGUCGGAACUGGCGAAAAGAAACUGUGUUCCACCUGUGCCAGAUACUUUUUUUACGGUUCUAUUUCGAACGUGCCCUCACAUGUCGCCGGGCACUGUUAACCUAUAACUCGCGAAAAAAGAAAAAGUACAAAGCUUCCCCUCCGGUAGAUUCAAGCCUCGAAGAACCUAAUCCCCGGUUCUCGCAUGUUUUCCGAGAUUUCGUCGAUUUUCAUCGACUCUCCCUCGAGCCGUUUCAAAUAUUCGAACUGAUAACCGUCCCAAUUAUUCUCGCCGUUCACCACGUACAAAUCAUAUUUUUUUUUUUUUUUUUCAUAAUGCGUAAUUACCAACAAUCUACAGCGCAGCUAAAUUGCCCCCGACAAAGGCUGAGAACGUUAUCAGAAUGAGUUGCCGUUUGAAAUAAGUUCUUGAGUGUGCAAUGUUUUAACGUUUUAACGCUUCGUUUAUGUCUGGUCGCGUUGCAAACGUCAUUCACCCAUUUCUUCUUUUGGUCGUAAUGCUGUGGUGGUUUGUCUUCUUAUACGGUGAAGGACGUGGAUCCACUUAGCACAAGUCUGCCUGAUACUUGAGCAAAGUACUGAUACUAAGUCACUGAAUACUGAAAAAUGGAGUCUGCUAUAGCUGGACGUAGGCGGACAACCGCACGACAUUCAGCAGAGGAUCAGGCUCUGGAUCAGAUAGCCAAGGAGGCAGAAGCUAGAUUAGCCGCCAGAAGACAGGCAAGAGCGGAAGCUAGAGAAAUACGAAUGCGGGAGUUAGAAAGGCAACAAAAAGAGGCGGAGGAGAAUGCAGAUAGGGUUUACGACAUGUGUUCAGCCGACGUGAAUAGAACGAUGAGAGUGACUCCCGACUCUGUAAGGACGUCGCGUCUCCUUACGAAUUCUAAUAAUUUCCAAUCCAGUCGGAGAUCUUCUGAAGAUUCACUGGAGGAUGCUGGCCUAAGCAGAGAUCUCAGGUUAGAAUUGAAAGAAUUCGAGGAAAAAUUUAGAAAGGCGAUGAUAGCCAAUGCUCAGUUAGACAAUGAAAAAUCUUCGUAUGCUUAUCAAGUCGAUUUAUUGAAAGAUAAAUUGGAAGAAUUGGAAGAAACGGUUGCACAACUUCGUAGGGAGCUUAGAGAGAAGAAUCGGGAGUCCGAACAGUUGAAAAGACUCAGUCAAACAUUGAAAGACGAGUUAGACGUAUGCCAUGCACAACUAGUAGAAAGAGAUACGCUUAUACAAGAAAACGGUUUAGUUAUUAUCGACGAUGAGGGAAGUGAAAACGAAGAUACCGAAAUUGAAAAUGGCCCACGCCCAAGACGAAGAGUACUAGUCAGUGCAGAAGCAGCAGAAUUAUUGCAAAACGCUGGAAAGGGUUCGCUAGAUGUCCGACUGAGAAAAUUUGCUUCUGAAAAAAAAGAAUUGCAAGAUGAGAUACGACAUCUCAGACUGGAACUAGAGGAGACAAGAAAUCGUAUUAGGUCCGAAAAAUCACCUGGUUCAGUAUUAGGCUGUUUAUCAGACUCUGAAGAUGUGCAACGAGAAGCAAACAAGCUUCUGGCCGAUUACAAGUUCAAGCUUCAAAAAGCUGAACAGGACAUGUCCACUUUGCAAGCCACCGUAGCCAGGCUAGAAAGUCAAGUAAUACGUUACAAGUCGGCAGCGGAGGCAUCUGAAAAAGCGGAGGAUGAAUUGAAAGUAGAAAAGAGAAAAUUACAAAGAGAAGUCAGGGAAACUCAAGGUCGCGUGGAAGAAUUGGAAACAGCAAACUCUCAUUUACAAAGGCGAUUGGAUAAGCUUAAAAACGCGAAAUCCGCCCUGUUAAAGGAGCUUUGACGGGACGAUUUUUUGGGAUCUGUACAAUGAGUCUGCCAUUUUUCAAUUCAUUGAGAAUCGUGUGCCGAUGUUGCCUCACACAACACAAGAUACUACUUAACGCAUUGAAAUAUAAUUUAUGCGAACGGAGCACGUACAUAUAGUAGUGAUCGUUGCGCGGAUUUUACCACGAUUUUAAUUGAUUUUUAAUUGUAAAAUAUCGCAUACAAAAGUAUAGCAUCCCAAAAUAACCACUACCAUGCAAUGGUCUUUGGGGAUCCUAUACUUUAAUUAUACGCUAAACUGCUGUGAAAAGAGAUCGUUGUUUUAUAUUCAACACGUUCUUUUCUUCCAUUUUCUUUUUUUUUUUUUAACACUAACAAUUACUUCCUGCAUUUCCUAGUAAAAUAACAAAAAGAGAAAAAAAAUGAAGAAAAAGAAAUAACAAUUUUUUCAAUGCAUUUCGAACACCGAAUAUGUUUUCGUGAAUUUUGCAAACAGUUGUGAAAUCGAUUCGUAACAUGUGUAUUAUUUAAAGGAAAAAAUAUUCUGACUCGUGUAUUAUAAAUGCAAUUGAAUAUUUUCUCUGCCUUUAUUUUUUGAGGCACGAUCUUUCAUAUUAUUUUAGUUUUUGUUCGUUGCAACAACUUCUAUAGAAACUUGAAGGUAAUUAACCGUAUAAUAAUUGUUUACUAUAAUUUAUGAUAUACGAGUCACUUAAAACAGAGCGUACGUCGAUAAGUGUAAUUUUUGUGUUACAUCGAAUAAUUUAUAAACGAUAUUUCUGAAGAUACAAGAUAUUUAUAACUCCUACGAGAAACGUGUUAUAGUUAAAGCUAGAAUUUCGAAUGGAUGCAACCAGCCUACGAUAUUCAUUUUCUACUAUCGAUCGUCUACUAUGGAAUCUUGAUAAAGUUUUUAAUUUUUUAUAUCAUACCUCACGUAUCUAAAACAUCGAUGUUAGCAUUUGUAUACUGAAUAGAACGCGAUAAAGAUAAAAAAAAAAUUUCACUAGAACAUCUAAAAUUGACAAAAGAAAAAAUUUUGCCGAUUAUAUGUCUGAAUCAAUGAUGGUGUUCAAGUUUUUAACAAUAGUAUUUCUAAUCAAUUGAAUUGUAUUCAGAACUGAUACUUUUUAUUCUUCUGACUGAUGCGAUGUAAAAGAAAGUAGAUGUAUGAUAGUGUGGUCUUUGUACAUUCGAAAUAAAUUAAACUAUGUUGUUGAAGCUA